GCGCAUGCGCAUCAAAACGAGACGAACUACCCGAAUUCACAAAGAACUUUUCUAACAGUUGAUCUUCGCUCUCCAAGUCAUCUCUCGCAAAAACUAACACCGAGCGGUUUGUUUUAGGGGUGGCGUAAAACAGAUUAUUUAAGAAAUCAGAUGUAGUGACGUUGCAUGUUAACAGGAAGAUUAACUUUUCUGCAAAGUUAUAAAUUAGGCAAUGCUGCGCCAGACGGGGGGACACAGCGCAGUUGUUUUGAUCUUGACAUUGCUUUAAUGUCAUUUCAUAUAAGAAAACGUCAUUCAAAUCAGUUUUUGGCCCCCUUUUAUGGUUUUGUACCGCGGGUGCAAAACACGUCGUCAUGACAAAGGAAACUCUCUGGACCGUGGCAAUCACGGCGACGUUUUUCUUCGGUUUAUGCUUUUCAACCCUUAAAGCAGAAACCCCUUCUUGUCACGGAGCCUACGACCUUUACUUUGUUUUGGACCGAUCUGGGAGUGUUUCGACCGACUGGGAUCAGAUCUAUGACUUUGUCAAAAAUCUAACAGAGAGAUUUGUGAGUCCAAAUAUGCGUGUGUCCUUCAUAGUUUUUUCAUCGAAAGCAGAGAUUGUGUUACAGCUCACUGGAGACAGGGCAAAAAUAAAUGAAGGUCUGAAAUAUUUAAAUGCUGUCAAACCAGCAGGAGAAACCUACAUGCAUGAGGGAAUAAAACAGGCAACUGAACAAAUGAAAAAACAGCUUAAAAAGUCCUCUAGUAUCAUUGUGGCUUUGACUGAUGGAAAGCUUGAACCAUAUAUCCAUAAACUCACUAAGGAUGAGGCUGAUGAAGCAAGGAAAUUUGGUGCUCGUGUGUACUGUGUUGGCGUAAAGGACUUUGAUGAAGAACAGCUCGCAGAUGUGGCUGAUACCAAGGAGCAAGUGUUCCCAGUUAAAGGAGGCUUUCAAGCUCUCAAAGGCAUUGUUAACUCGAUCCUCAAGCAAUCCUGCACCGAGGUCCUAACAGUGGAGCCCUCCAGCGUCUGUGUGAACCAGUCCUUUGACAUUGUUUUGAGAGGGAAUGGGUUCACACUGGGUAGACAAACAGAAGGAGUGGUCUGCAGUUUCAUAGUGGAUGGAGCUAAUUACAAGGUGAAUCCAAGCAAGGUGAAGAAUGACUAUGUCCUGUGUCCUGCUCCAGUGCUGUAUUCAGUGGGACAACAAUUGGAGGUUCUGAUCAGUUUGAACAAUGGCACAUCAUAUAUCUCCAGUGCUUUCAUCAUCACUGCUUCCACUUGUUCGGACGGCACAGUGGUGGCCAUUGUGUUCUUGGUGCUCUUUCUCCUGUUGGCUUUGGUUCUGAUGUGGUGGUUCUGGCCUCUCUGCUGCACUAUCGUUAUUAAAGACCCACCCCCUCAAAGACCUCCUCCUCCACCUCCACCUAAGCCAGAGCCAGACCCAGUACCCAAGAAAAAGUGGCCAACUGUUGAUGCAUCUUAUUAUGGGGGAAGAGGAGCCGGUGGUAUCAGGCGCAUGGAGGUCCGUUGGGGAGAGAAAGGGUCCACAGAGGAGGGUGCACGGCUAGAGAAGGCCAAGAAUGCAGUGGUGUCAAUACAAGAGGAGACAGAAGAACCUAUGAUCAAAAAGCCACCCACAUCCUCACCCACAUACCAUCAAUCUGAUUCCAAGUGGUAUACUCCAAUUAUGGGUCGACUUCAGGCACUGUGGGCUCUUCUGCAUCGACAAUAUAACCGAGUUUCACUCAUGCGCCCAACUACCGCAGAUAAGGGACGCUGUAUAAAUUUCAAUCGGGUGCAGCAUCGACAGACGACAGCAUCCCGUUUCUGAAAUACUUUGACUUCCAAGUGAAUCAGAUGGAACAACAGAAAAAAGUGUAUUUUCCUUGCGAUGACAUAACUUAUCUUUGGUCACUUUAGAGUAUCUUGUUUCAGCUCUUACAAGUAUUGGCUUUCCAAAACGUAUAAUUCUGAUAUCUCUCAAGCAACUGAAUGACAAGCGGAUGACUAAAUAGAUAAAAAAAAAAAAAAAAUUUACAGCUGACCUGGCAACUUUAAUGUAUAGCAAAGGCUUUUUCAUAUUCUGACCAUAUUGUGCCUUCUGCGGAGGAAAAAACAAACUAAUCUUAUAGCACAGACGGAGGCUAUAAAAAAAAAUAAAAAAAAGAUAUCAGAAUGAGAUGAGGCUCUUUGCCGUUGGCUGAGAAAUAGAAGUAAUCCCAGUAGGCUCAUGGAGUGCAGAAGUACUUUGCCUCUUGGCAAUGUCUCUUCAAAAAAAUCUCUCCAAGCCCACUAUCCUCGGAUGCCUAGCGGGGCUUCUUUGACUGGAGAUCUUGUCAAUUUAACAAUGAGAAGUGCACACGCAUGACAAAUUGUAGUCAGAACGCCCUAAGGUAUUAGAUGCAGUAAGACUUUGCCCUUCAGUUUUGGGAAGACACCUUUCUAUCAAUGCGAGGACAGCACAGAGAAAUUAAUAGAGCAUUAUUUCACCACGAGACACCCGGUGUCCAGAGCUCUCCGGCAAGGUUUUGAGGGGCAGACUUACCUCUGGUGACUGGUGCUUUCUCCCCAUUUAUUUGUCAGUCUGCCAUACUAAUGCAUAUACCUUCACAAUCACGAACAUGCCCUUCAGUUAAAGGUUUUAAUUCAUUAAUACAGCUAUCCAACCACUGGAUGUCCAAAACCUAUUCGCACAAGUUUUCUAGGCAUAGGAAUAUCAAACUUUGAUUGAUCUUAAUUCAACUUUAGAGAUUUAUCCUUGGUAUGAAGUUUAACCAGUCUAGACAUUUUCUGUUACAUAUUGUUUUUUUUAGCACCAAGUUCCUCAGCUGUGCUAAUGUGACGCCCUCAUCAGAUGUAUUAGGAAGAUAGAUCAAACCGAAAGGGGCGAUUGAUGGAUGAGUAUUGUUAAUUUCCAGAAAUUAUCCACAAUGCACUCCCCCCUCCACUUGUUCACAGAAAAGUGAUCAAUGUAUAUUUAUUUUAGAUUUCUUUAAUGCCUCGUCAUGACUACAAUCGCGAGUGAUGUCAGUGUCAGUGGGAACACUGUGGGGGAGGAAGGGUGCGGCAGUAACGAUAACGUAUAAGUAACGAUCCAGUUACUUUCGAUACGCUAUUUCAGAUGCAAAAUGGAUAUUUGAGUCGAAAUCUGACAAAAGUGUGUCGGCUUUGACGGGAAGUGGUAUAGACAAUGACCAAUGGCUGGGUCAGUGGGAUGUCUCAGUGCAAGCAGGGAAGCUUAUCAAAUGACACUAAAAAUAAACAACCUUCAAGUUUGAGGGGGGAACAGAAUGGGGUGUAGUGGCUCACAUUCAGUGGGCAUGCAAGUUGCAAGAUGGCAGGACUGUUUUGGGGAAAAGCCCUUGUUUAAUUAUUUCUUUGUUUCUAUCGUAAAUGUGGGGACUUCAAUUAUUACUCGCCUCCACCCCCUCCCAAAAAAAAAAGAAAAAGAACAGAAUACAUACAUGGGAAUGUUGAAACAUUUGACAUCGUUCCCAGAGUGGCACUUACAAGUUAAGCGAAUGCACUUUUCAGCCCUGUUUUUAUGUAGAUUUUUUUAUUUCACAGAUCACAGGAUGUGCGUUAAGUAUUAGUAAAAAUGUAAUUAGGUUUUUACUUUAGUUGCAACAUGGCUUAAUAUCUUUACUAAAAAUCUAUUAUAAUAUAUCUUUACUAUAAUGUAACUAUAAAUAUAUUUAUCCACUUCAACAUCACCAGAGCACAUAUGUUUUGCUUUCUCUUUAUUAUUGUUUUUGCUUGUUUUAUCUACCUUUUAUUUUGCAUUUUACAUUGUUAUAUUUAUAUUUUCACUUAAUUUGUGGUACUUGUGUGUGUUUUAUAUAUUUUAUAUGGUACAUUAAUGUGUGUGGAAAGAAACUGAUCAUAAACUUUUCAUAUUUGUGUAUCAAAUUGGGUUUAUUCUAUGUAAUACUGAAUUAAGCGCACCAGCUAUAAAAAAAAAAUAAUAUUAGUAAUUUUUGUACAAAUUUUUUUUUCCUAAGCACCUGUUUUAACUUUAAAAUAGAAAAGAUCACAAAUAUUUGAUGUAGAAAUUGGAUAGAAAAACAAGGAUUUAUUUAAUUUUUAAGCAACUGAUGCACUAUUUCUUGUACAUAAAAAGGCAAAUAAAUUAUGUAUUUGUAAUGAUAAUUUGUUAAUUUAAUUAAAUCCCAUUAAUGUUUUUUUUUAUUUUUUUUUUUUAUUAUUAUUAUACUUGCAACCCUUGUGAUUAUAGUGCCUCAUGUCCCGCUGCCAAUGAAUGUAAUUUCCAAUUGAAUGUAAUUUCAGUAGUACUUUUUUUCCCCAAACAUACAAUAUACAGUUAUUAUUAUAUUAUUGUAUUUACUUUUUUGUUUUAUUUACAGUGUAAUAUGUAUUAUUUUUUUUUCUCAGAAAACAGUUGGUCUUCAGAUGCACUGGUUAAAAACUACUAUUAAAACAGUAAUAAUGCACAAGAAGCAAUUUAAAAAAAAAGCACAUAAAUAAAUACAUACAUACAUACAUACAUACAUAAAUAAUGAAAAGGAAUGACCAGUCACUUUAUUCUCACAGUAGGCAGUGUUCUCUUCACUACACACUGGCACUGGCCAGUGACUGCUGCAUUUUACACUGAUUUUACAAAAUUGACAUUUGACUUGUUGAUUUGUUUAUCACCCACAAGAUUCUGCUUAGAAAUAGUUUGAUCUGUUAAGAAAAGCUAGACACACUCACACCUCCUUAAACAAGUAGACUAUGUUCACUGUGUUAGUCACACGGUGUUGUUAUUUUUUCCUGCAGUUGUUGUCUUACACAUACUGAUCAUACACAUCAAAGCAUUUAGUACAUCACAGUGUGAUCUCACAUGGCAGAUUUCAGAAGAAUCUCAUUCAGUCUCAUCUUGACAUUUUAUGCCUUUGUUCAGCCAUUAUUGAAGUUUCAGACAUUUUUGUAUCUUUUGUAUUUGCAUUUCACAUCUAUUUGUAUAAAAUAAACAGCACUUUUUUAAAAUGAA